AUGUCAAUGGAAAUCGACUCUGGUGCGGGCCCCUCAUCUUUUAGCAGAAAGAGGGACGACACUAUUGUGGAUCCUGACACAAAACAAGAGAUCCAGGACCGCAAAAGACCUAAAGUUGCCCUGGACAAUAGCAAAAAAGUAGAACACAGCGACACAUUGCCUCAAGAAAUUUGCUCAAAUUGCAUUAGAUUUAUCAACAAAUCAAUUCAGUUUCGUAAGAACUGUGAAGAAGCACAGAUCAUACUACAAAACUACACACUCGGAGACAAAGUACCUCACCCAUUUACUAAUAACACAGAUGAAAGCUCUAAGAUAAAUAUUGCACAUACAAAUAAUGAAGAUUUUGAUGAUUUCGAUGACAACAUCCCCCUGGAUACUUUAAAAGUCGAGGGGACAUGUGUGGAAAAGCCGCUAGAAUGCCUGGAGAUAUGCAUGGAUACUAAAACAGCACAUACACCAGAUUUAGUAUUUAACAAAAAGAGGUGUGUGGUUCGGAAGGAAAAUGCUAUACGGAGUUUGAAAGAUAACAGAGAAACUAAAAGCACGGAAGAAAUUGAAUGUGAAUAUUGUCACAAGGUCUUAACUUCCAAAUUAUCUUUACGGAAUCAUUACAAGAUACACACUGGGUUCGAUGUGGUGUGUGAGCAUUGUGGUAAGAAGUUCAUAACACGCAGGUUGCUGCUGAUGCACUGUCGAGCCAAACACGGUUACGAGAAGACAGAUAAAUGUUCGUUUUGCGAGUACAAGGCUUCAAAUGCUGAACAGGUAAAGAUACACGAGCGCUUGCAUACAGGUGAAAAGCCAUACGUGUGUAAGGAAUGUAAUGCUGGUUUCCACAGAAAGAGUAGCUAUCUGCAACAUAUAGCUAUACAUUUGCCGGAGAAGACAGUGCAGUGUGACCAGUGUCCAGCGCGCUUCAAGUCGGUAACACUCAUGCGCAUACACAAGAACAGGCACCGUGCACCGCAAUACAGGUACAAGUGUGGUGUGUGCGAUAACAGCUUCGCGAGACGACGGAAUGCGGCCAGACAUUUGCAACGAGUACACGGUGUUAGCCCAGACCAUCAUAUACACAGGCAUAACAUACAUUGA